AGAGCAUCUUCAGCGCUGGAAGACGAAGAAGUGAGAGGAUGCAUAGGGCUGUAGGGCUGGCACGGUCCUUCCCUAUAAAAGCCACGACGUCCGUCCCCGAGGACCUCAGUCUCAUCCCCACCUCAGUCCCCGUACCCGUAGGCUUUACCCCUUUCCCAGAAGGGUUCUCCUGCUAUUCCUUCCAGCCGGCAGCCCCCAUCUAGUCAGUCAGGUGUCGAAGAAGAUGAGGACUUGGUGCGUGGGCGUCUCAGCGGUGACCGUCCUCUUCCUAGCUGUGGCAUACGUCAGUUCAGGACCGACGUUGCACAGAGCGAAGCGAUGGGAGGAGUUCCCGAACGUGACCUUCACGUUCGACUGCUCGGGUCGAUCACUGGGAUUCUACGCUGAUACGGAGUUCAACUGCCAGAUCUUCCACUUGUGCGAUGCGGACGGACGCCGAAUCCCGUACAUCUGCGCCAAUGAAACCGGCUUCAACCAGCAAUACCGCGUCUGCGACUGGGCUUACAAUUUCGAUUGCAACGAAGCUCCCACUUGGUACUACUUGAACGACCUCACCUACGUCACCGAUCCCCCUAAGGUUAAGGUCUAGGUCGGAGGGAAACGAAAUUCCGCCCUCGACUGUGAUUUCGGUCCGAUGAAAGUAACCUUUCCACUUUUUCACGUCUUUCAAAAUUUUCCGGAAAUCAAAAAAUGUUUUGUUUUAUUUUUUCUCCCUUCGGAUCUCAACUUCUUGCCGUUCUUUCCCUCAGAGCUGGUCUCUCCCUUCCGUUUCUUCAAUUGAUAGUACAUACCUCCAGAACACGUGCGCCUGUUUGUAUUCGUGUCGGUGUGUUACCAUAGCCGUACGACGUGCCAUUUUUCGUCAGUUACCACGCACGAGCCUAUUCCCCCUCCCUUUCCCCUGUUGUUUUCGGACUGGGCAAACGAUAAUGUUGUGGUGAAUGUAUGCGUUCCUAUGGUUCCUCAUUUGAGGCCUCGGUUCAUGUGAAUGGAAAGAUAUUUUUUGGCCUGUC